AAAAGCCUUGUUCUCUCAUCCGCUUCUCUUGCCUUGCUCUCCUUGGGACACAGGUGCAGCUCCAGCCUCAAGCCAUGUCCUGCUACAACCCAUGCCUGCCCUGCCAGCCCUGCGGCCCAACCCCACUGGCCAACAGCUGCAAUGAGUGCUGUGUCCGGCAGUGCCAGGACUCCACCGUUGUCAUCGAGCCUUCUCCAGUGGUGGUGACUCUGCCCGGACCCAUCCUCAGCUCCUUCCCACAGAACACCGUCGUGGGAUCCUCCACCUCCGCUGCUGUUGGCAGCAUCCUCAGUGAUGCGGGAGUGCCCAUCAACUCCGGGGGCUUUGGCCUCUCCGGCUUGUCUGGCUUCGGCGGCCGCUACUGUGGCAGGAGAUGCUUCCCCUGCUAAAGCUGCUGACCAUGGCCCUGGGGAAGAUCCCCAUGGACACCCAAGUUGGUCCCACACUGGGGACAGAACAUGGACUUGUAGCUUUGAGAGGGGCUGAGCAAUCCCAGCACCCCUUGCAAAAUGACAGGGUCAGUCUGGGCUUUUGCAAAGCACAGCCCAUGCCUGCUUUUCCCCUCUGCCACUCUCGCCUUUCCCUCCCAUGUCCUUGUUCUCUUGUGCUCCCCUGGGCUGUGAGCCUCACCAAGCAGCCUAGGGAGGACCUGCUGGCCUUGCUCCCUCUUUGGGGCAGGCAGAUGGACACCUGGUGGCAUCUCUGCCACAGCCAUGGGGUACAGGCUCUCCUCUGCUCCUGGUUGUCCCUACAACAGGAUCUCCACUCCAAGUGACUUCAUCUCCCUCUUUUGACUCAUUAAAGUUCUGCUGCAUCCCA